AAAGAUAUGACGCGACUUAUAUUUUUUCAAGAGAUAAAUAACUCUUGCAUUAACAUGUCCUCCAAACUCGAGUAGGUUGCGAGAUUUUUAUCUCCAGUAAAUAUGUACAAAAUGGCCGACACCCUAGCUCUUUAAUAAAAACAGGAAUCGAGACAAGAUGUUAUUUUUCUCUCUAAUCAAUCACGGAUAGUAAAGUAUAAACCAAAGGAACAUAUGAGAAUGUUUUCAACUACACUGAUCUUAUUAUUAGGAUUUCUUGAACUUGUAACUGGAUUUCAUACACAUAUAUCUUCAUCAUCACUUUCUGCGCAAAACAAAACUUUAUCAUUAUCUUCUGAACAAAACAGAACUUUAUCAAUGCCCUCUGAGGGAAAAGAAGCUCCGUCAUUAUAUAAGAAAAGUGAAGCUCCUCUGCACUUUCUACCAACAAAUAUUUCACAUGAUUCAAACCAUGCAUUACAACGAAAUGCUCGUUCAUUCAGUUUAAAUAGAACUAAUCUAAACAAUGUUCCCUUAAAUUCUCACAACAUAACCACCUUACAUGAUGUUCCAAUCAGGAUUACUGAUUCGCAAUUGCUGGUAAUCAGAGCAUUAGAUUUUGAUUUAUUUGACAUUCGACUAUUUGACAGUAAUGAUUUGUUAUUCCAAGUCUUAAAUACUAGUGAAGGAAAUGAAAGUUUUGAGAUUCCAAUCGUAACUAUCAACAACACAUCUGAAUAUAAUGAAACAGGAGGAGCUUUAGAGUCUUCAUAUUACCUCAUCCGUUACUUUAAAUGCAAUAUGGAUCAAAAUGAUGACGUAAGCAUUUCGUGCAAGAAUGUAUCAAUAUACGAUGUGGCAAAAUACUUGCCAAACGACACUGCAAGCCUCGAAAUUACAAAUAGUCCAACAAUGAAGUUGCUCAAACCAUUAUCCAGAUCGUUGAAGAAAUUGAAAUAUCUCAGAUUGUCUAACAACGAGCACCGAUACAUAACGAGAGCUUUUGUUGGACUCGAAAACUUAGAACAUCUUGAUUUGAGUGACAAUAAUAUAAUGGCCGUAAAGAAUGCUUUCAGUUAUCUUUCGAAUCUUAAAUAUUUAAAUCUUAGCAAAAACUCGUUCAUAACUAUCGAAGUUGUGGCAAAUGCUUUGGAAGGACUGAAGCACUUGGAAAUUCUGGUGCUUGACCACAACUGGAGAAUUUUUCGAAUUCGGAAAAACGACCUCAAACCUCUAAGCAACAGCAACAUUACUAAAUUACAUCUGUUUAACACUACUAUGAGCAUUGCUGAGAGAGGUGCUUUCGAACACUUAACGAAGCUUGAGGUAUUAGAUUUAUCAGUGAAUUACCUUAAUGCAGAGGCUUUAACUAAUGUUACAAGCAGUCUAAAGAAUGCCCCCAUUAGGUAUUUAUUUCUACAAGAAUGGGUUCAUUUGAAUGUUUUUCCUUCUGAAUCUCUGAAGUUUUUAGAAAAUACACCGAUAAACCGUAUUGAUCUCUCCCACAAUUACUUUAUUGAAGUUCAUAAGGUGCCGUAUAUCCCAUCGCUUCAGUCAUUAUGGCUGACUCAUUGCGCCGUAAAGUUCAUCGAUCAUGACGUCAUUAGCCAGCUCCCGAAUUUAACCGAAUUGGUUCUCUCUAAUAACGAUUUAGUUCAUUACGACAUUUCUUCUUCAAAGAGUUUGAAAACCUUAAUUCUAUCCAAUCAAGCAUCUCGGUUCAAAACGGUAGAGUUAACCCUAUCAGAUUUUGGCUUCAAAAAUACUUCAAAUUUGGAAAUAAUCGACUUAUCAAGCAAUUUGCUUCCCCGAACUCUCCACAGAUUUGUUCUCUUCGGCUUAAAAAAUCUAAGAGCUUUGUCAUUAAAAAGUGCUGGUCUGAUUAAUAUUGAAGAUUAUGCAUUUGAGACUCUGAGCUCUUUGAACACCCUGAACUUGCAAAUCAACAAUAUUAAAUAUUUGAGCAACGCGACAUUGUUUGGUCUCCAUAAAUUAACAAAUCUUUAUUUGUCAUACAACUUGUUAACAUUGAUGGAUUGGGGAAAUCCUUUUCAGUCAACGCCGUCCUUGGUAAAUCUUUUAUUGGACAAUAAUCGAAUCGAGAAUCUACCAAAAGAUAUGUUUGCAUUUACUGACCAUCUUGAACUUUUGAUUCUGUUGAGGAAUAAAAUUUCACCCUGGGAUGAACCAAUUUUGGGUGAAAAUUCAACCGUGUCCACUUUUGCCUUGUCGCAGAAUAACAUUGACUACGCUACACCAACUAUGUUGUCGGAAUUUCGGAAAAUCACAGGUUUCCUUGACAUCGGAAGAAAUCCUUUCAACUGCAGUAAAUGUGGCAUGAAGAACUUCCAAAAUUUCUUGAAUUCUACACACAUACAGAUGGGAUUGCCUCUGCGGAUUAAUCAGGAGAAGAUCAGUGUUAAGUGCAUGCUGCCAAAUAAAUUGCAAGGUCAACCUCUUGUAGAAGUAGACCUUCCAUUCACCGAUUGCACAGAACAGGAAGAAUUAGUGAACGUUUUUACCAUUGUCCUAAUUUGUCUUCUGAGUUUAUUCGUCGCUGUAAUGGCAUACACUUGCUAUACUUUCCGGUGGUACAUCAGAUACUGGGUAUUUCACAUCAAAUCAGAAGUCAAAGAGAGAAGAUCGAGCAAUAGUAAACACGAGAGGACAUAUAAAUAUGACGCGUUUGUUUCAUACAAUUCGAGCGACACCCCCUGGAUAGUGUCCUUCUUGGUUCCAGCCUUAGAGAAUCAAGAUCCGAAACUGAAGCUGUGCAUUCACGAUAGAGAUUUCAAGGUCGGAUGGCUCAUAACGGAUAAUAUUCUGGACGCCAUUGAGAACAGUAGAAAAGUCAUUUUGAUUUUAACUGAAGAGUUCGUUAAGAGUGAGUGGUGCAUGUUCGAAUUGCACAUGGCUCAGCACAGGCUUUUCGACGAGACAAGAGAUUCCCUCAUCUUAAUUAAACUGAAGCAAGUGGAUAAGAAGUUUUACACUAAAAACUUGAAGUACUUGGAGAAAACUAGAACUUGCUUACUGUGGCCGGAUAACUUACCGGACCAGAAGUUGUUUUGGUUGAAAGUGAGGAAACUUUUGGGUCAUCCUCACUUACAGAGUGAGUCGGAAGUUAUGGGGUUAGAACAGUAUAGAUCCAUAAAUAAAAUAUGUAUGGAGCUGAUGAAGAUGAAGAUUCUUCUUUCGUUACUACUCACAGUUCAACUGAUUAUAGGAUUUGAGACUCUUUCUGUAGAAACGACUCUUUUUCAAAACGGAACUGCAGUAUUGUUUCUUGAGCAAAACGGAACUACAUCACCGUCUUCUCUUCAAAACGGCACUGAAAUAUUGUUUCUUGAGCAAAACGGAACCAGGCUAUUGAUUCCAGAGCAAAACAACACUGCAACAUUGCCUUCUGGUAAAAACUAUAUUUCAUUGAUGCCUAUUGAACAAAAUACAAGUUUACUGUCUUCUGACCGAAAAUUCGAGAUGUUAUCGGAUAAAAAUACGAUUUUAAGAAAUUUUCUACAGACGGGUGAUUCUAAUUUAAAUCAUGCAACACGUCAAAAUACACCAAUACUCGAUUUAAACGGAACUUUUUUACAUAUAACAAUUCUCAAUCGUCAUAAUUUCACAACUUUGGAUGAAGUUUCGAUUAUGACGGCUAACAGUUCUCGAUUAUUCGAUGAAAUCUUAAAAGAUAUUCGAAAGGUACUUAAAAACAAUGACUCUAAUGACGAUCCAUUCGACUCAAACUUUGCAAGUGGAAAAUUUUCAGUUUUAAUGAAUAUCAGCCAUGACACUGUCACUCAUAAUGAAUUAAACAUUGACUUUUCAUCGUUUUACAUCCUUACCCACCAUUUUAAAUGCAACUUGGAUAAAAACGAUGAAUUAACAAUUUCUUGCAAAAAUGUGUCUAUAUACUCCUUAACUCAAUACUUACCUAACAAUACUGUAAGGCUAGAAAUUACGGACAGCCCGACAGUUACACUGACAAAGCCAUUGUUUUCAUAUUCGACGAAGCUUACGUAUCUGAGAUUAUCGAACAACCAGCACCGUUUCAUAACAAGAGCAUUUACUGGACUUCAAAGUCUGCAAUAUCUUGAUUUGAGUGACAAUAAUAUAAUGGCCGUAAAGUAUGCUUUCAGUUAUCUUUCGAAUCUUAAAUAUUUAAAUCUAAGCAAAAACUCGUUCAUAACUAUCGAAGUUGUGGCAAAUGCUUUGGAAGGACUGAAGCACUUGGAAAUUCUGGUGCUUGACCACAACUGGAGAAUUUUUAGAAUUCGGAAAAAUGAGCUCAAACCUCUAAGCAACAGCAACAUUACUAAAUUACAUCUGUUUAACACUACCAUGAGCAUUGCUGAGAGAGGUGCUUUCGAACACUUAACGAAGCUUGAGGUAUUAGAUUUAUCAGUGAAUUACCUUAAUGAAGAGGCUUUAACUAAUGUUACAAGCAGUCUAAAGAAUGCCCCCAUUAGGUAUUUAUUUCUACAAGAAUGGGUUCAUUUGAAUGUUUUUCCUUCUGAAUCUCUGAAGUUUUUAGAAAAUACAUCUAUUCAGCAUAUUUAUCUUUCACGUAAUUAUUUUAUUAAAAUUCAUAAGUUGCCGUAUAUACCAUCGCUUCAAUCUUUAUGGAUUGAUCAAUGCUCUGUAAGGAUCACUGAUAAUGAUCUCAUCAGCCAGCUUCCAAAUUUGACUGUGCUGGUCCUUUCUGGAAAUAAUUUUCUGAGGUUUAACGUACCUUCUUCAAGAAGUUUGAAAAUUCUUCAAUUGUCCCGUCAAUUAACGCGAUAUGAAAUGAAAGAGUUUGAAAUAUCAGGUGUAUUUGCUUUUAAGAAUACUCCAGAGUUAGAAUUUAUUGAUUUCACCUCAAACUUGUUUCCUGAAACUCUCUAUAGAUAUGACUUUUUCGGUUUGCAUAAACUGAAAAGAUUGAUAUUAAGCGACGUAGAUUUGGUUGCUAUUGAAGAUUAUGCGUUUGAGACUCUCGGCUCUUUGGAAAUCCUUGACCUGUCACACAACCGUCUUAGAUAUUUAAGCAAUGCAACUUUAUUUGGUCUGCAUAAAUUGACAGAUCUCUAUCUUUCAAAUAAUCACUUAAUAUUACCAGAUGAACUCAACCCUUUUCAGCAAACACCAUUACUGACUAUUAUUUUGUUAAACAAUAACCGAAUUGAGAAACUACCAAAAGGAAUCUUCAACUUUACUGACCAUCUUGAACUUCUGAUUUUGUCGCAGAACAAAAUUCACCCUUGGGAUGAGCCAAUUUUUGGUGAAAACUUAACGGUCAACACCCUGGGUCUGUCUCAGAACUACAUUGACUAUGUUACACCGACUAUGCUGUCAGAAUUUCAAAAAAAUACGAGCUACCUCGACAUCUCAAGAAAUCCUUUCAACUGCAGUAACUGUGGUUUGCGCCAAUUUCAGGCAUUUCUAAAAUCAACGCCUAUACAGAUGGGAUUACCGUAUUCGAUUAAUAAGGGUAUAGAUUUAGUUAAGUGCUCAUUGCCAAAUAAACUGGUAGACCAAUCUCUCGUAGUCGUUUCAUUCGCUGAUUGCUCAGAAUUCGAAAAACUAUUGAGCCUAUCCUUUAUUGUUCUAAUUUCCGUGGGGAGCAUAUUCUUUAUUAUGGUGGCAUGCUUUUGCUAUAGCUUCCGGUGGUAUAUUAGAUACUGGGUGUUUCACGUGCAAUCCAAAUUCAAAGAGAGAAGAACAAGCAACAGAAAAUCUGAGAGGGUGUACAAGUAUGACGCGUUCAUUUCGUACAAUUCGAACGAUACAUCGUGGAUUGCAUCGUCCCUGAUCCCCGCUUUAGAGAGACAAGAUCCAAAACUGAAGCUGUGCAUACACGAUAGAGAUUUCGAGGUAGGGAGGUUUAUAACGGAGAACAUUCUAGAAGCCAUUGAGAAUAGUAGGAAAGUAAUUUUGAUCUUAACUGAAGAGUUCGUCAAGAGUGAGUGGUGCAUGUUCGAAUUGCACAUGGCUCAGCACAGGCUUUUCGACGAGACGAGAGACUGUCUCAUCUUAAUUAAGCUGAAGAAAGUGGAUAAGAAGUUUUACACCAAGCAUUUAAAGUACCUGGAAAAAACGAGAACUUGCAUAUUGUGGCCCGAUACUUUAACGGAUCAACAUGUGUUUUGGGAGAAAAUUAGAAAACUUUUAGGGAAUACUCAACCACAGAAUGAAUACGAGUUAGCCGGUUUUGAAAUAUAAGACUGCAGUUGGUGUCUGAUAACCUUUAAUGUAGUCGUGGGAAGUGUUCUUCCCACCAGUUUGUUAGUUUUUAAACGCCAAUGGGAAGUUAUUUUCCCACCUAUGAAUUGCGCUGCAAUAUGUUGAUAACUUCAGAAAAAAACAUUAGCAAAGAAGAGUUUUGUUUACAUAAAUGUGGAUGUAACAGUAAAGGGUAUUUGGGGUCAAGAUGAGAAGUAGACAGUGGAAAGCUAUUUUCUCUUGUGUGUUUGUUCAUUUGAUCAAGUUUAUUUGAAGUAAUAAACACAGAAUUUAUAAA